AUGCUACUUGAAAAUCUACCAGACGAAUUAUUUUUGAAAAUAUUUCAUUAUCUUUCGCAUUACGAUCUUAUUCAUGCGUUAUAUAAUUUGAAUACACGUUUAAACAAUGUUACACAUAGCGUAAAAAUAUCGAUUGAUCUAACUCCCAUGCAAUGUCCCCCAGCGAUUGACUAUUAUACACCGUUGUAUCAAAAUCGUGUGACAUAUGCAAAAUUUUUGAAUUAUUGUCAAAAUAUUCUACCGAAUGUAGAACAUCAUUUAAUUUCAUUAAAAUUAUCUAAUCGUGAUACAGCUAAUGCAUGCGAUUUAUUUAAUACAUGGUUUGAAAUUAAGAAUUAUUCUAAUAUUGAAAUAUUAACAUUAACUGAUCCAAGUGUGUUAAUGGUCAUCAAAUUAAAAUAUUUAGAACAUUUAACAACAUUAUAUAUUGAAUUUGAUUUCAAUUCUACUAUGUUGAAAUAUAUUUUGUGUGAACAAAUGAUAUCGUUAAAAAAAUGUACAUUAAUUAACGUUAAUAUCUUUUGUCAAACAUUAAAUUUAAGUGAAAUAAAUAAAUCAAAUGUAGAAAUUUUAUCAAUUGAUAGACAUACAACACUUUUUAUUGAUGAUUUAUUUUUAUUAUUUCAUUUUAUGCCAAAAUUAAAACAUUUAGAAUGUUCGUACAAAGGUUAG